UUCCCACCCAGAGAAAGCUGAGCCUUACCGCAAGUCCUACUUUGUGCUCAGUUUGACUGACAGUGACACCGUCUCUGAAAGCUACACAGGACCGCUGUGGUCGUUACCUGAGAGAUUUUACACCUGAACUGGAGCUUUGGAUUAUUCGUAGAGUUAUGCGUAAAAAAGCGCACCGCUCGUCGUGACGCAGCGUCACCGUUUUGGAUGUAGAGCUCUCUCCCGUGAAUCCGAACUGGCAGUUGAUUUACUAACACAACUUUUCCCCAGUGAGGAUUAUAUAUAUCAUGAGGAUUUUGUGGGUGUUUUUAUUGUUCUUCAUUGAUUUAUCAGAUGCUGUGAUCGACUUGACCAUGAUCUCCACAGCAGAGGUCAACGGCAUCAAUCAGUUCACCAUCUCUUGUAUCAAUGGAGAGCGUAGCCCUGGCCAGGUUGAGCUGGACAUCAAGAGAGACAACAAAAUCCUCAUAUUCCCCAAGAAGCCAAACUUUAAAGUGUCUAAACCCAGGAACAAUGAGGUGAAGGUCAAAGACUUCCGCGACCUGGAUAAUAUUGGUAUCUUCUACUGUGAAUCCACUCAGGAAGUUCCCCCGCUCGAGAAGGUCACGAUGAUCAACAACUUCGGCGGAGCUAAUUUUAUUCCAACUCACCUCACUCUGACUGCUAACAAAGGAGAGACAGUUCACCUCAGCAUGGAGCUACACAGCACCCAAAAGAGAGAUGUGACCUGGAAGUACAACGGAAACUACUAUUAUAUGACUCACUGGAUCGAUAUGAACAAUCACACUGCUGUACUCACAGUGGAGAAUGCAGCUUUUGCCAAUCAAGGCAUCUACAGUGCCAGCUAUGUGGGGGACAGCCCGCUCCAGGGGGCCUGGAUGAGGCUCAUUGUCCGAGACUGUCCCAGUAACAAGUGGGGUCCUUACUGUAAUCAGGACUGUCCCGAGUGUCUAAAUGGAGGACUGUGUCACGAUGCGGAUGGAGACUGUGUCUGCCCUCCAGGAUUCAUGGGAACUCGUUGUGAGACAGCCUGCAGAGAAGGAAUGUUUGGUCAAAACUGCCAGGAGUCAUGUGGCUCUGAGCUGAACUGCAAGGGGCUUCGUUUCUGCCUACCAGAUCCUUAUGGCUGUUCUUGUGCCAGCGGCUGGUUUGGCAGCCGCUGUGAGAAGGCCUGUGAUAAAGACAUGUAUGGACCAGACUGCAGGCUGAGCUGUAAAUGCCAGAAUGGAGGCGUUUGUAACCGUUUCAGUGGAUGCCAGUGUCCCACAGGGUGGAGAGGACAGAACUGCAAGAAGUCUGACCGGGCUCCCCAGAUCUUGGACCUGGCUAGUAAUUUGGAGUUGAAUCUCAACUCCAACCCCAAGAUCCUUUGCUCAGCCACAGGAAACCCCCUGCCCAACCACAAUAGCAUUGAGCUGCGAAAGUUGGACAGCACUGUGCUCAAGGCGUCCCAGACCGUCAUAGAAUCAAAUAAGAGUACAGCCCUGUUUGAGAUCCAUCGUCUGAGUGCUCAGCAAAGUGGGUUGUGGGAGUGCAGGGUUUACACCAAUGGAGGCCAGGACUCCCGCAAGUUCAACCUCACCAUCAAAGAGCCCCCCGUGCCCACUACUGCCCCCAGACUGCUGGUAAAGAGGAGUAAGCAGCUGAUAGUGAUGCCAGUGGACUCCCACCGAGGAGACGGCCCCAUUGUCUCCACCAAGGUCCUCUACAAGCCUUUGGACAACAGAGGCUCUUGGUCUUCCAUCAUAGUCUACAGUGACAAGGAGCCAAUCACGCUGAUGAACUUGGAGCCUUCCAAACGCUACCGUGUCCGUGUCCAGCUGAGCCGUCCUGGGGAAGGAGGAGAGGGGGACCCAGGGCCAGAGGCCAUCAUGGAGACUGAUUGUCCCGAGCCCACAGUUCAACCUGAGAUUGACAGCAGUUCGCUGGAAGGCCGCAAUGCCACUGUACGCUGGCGACUGCCCACCAUCAAUGGCAUUAAUGCUGGCACAGCCACUGGCUUUUUAGUGCAGCUCUUCGGGCCAUCGCCCUACAAUGAGAAACUGCUGGAGGUGACCACGCUGCUCAAUGUGCUUUCCACCAAGUUCCACAACCUGGAGUACCAGAAAGACUACAUGGUGGUGGUGCAGCUCAUCAACUGUGGCAGCCAGGGGCCGCUGUCCAGUCCCUACUACUUCCACAUCAACAGCCAGGGCCCAUCGUCCCCACGCAACGUCCAGGCCCUGCCCCUGUCCGUGUCAGCCAUUCAGGUGAGGUGGCAGCCCCCCGAAGAUCCCAACGGAGGCAUCAUUAAAUACACCAUCGAGUACCAGCCAGUCGGCCAGGGGAGCCCUCACCCUUGGGUGGAUAUAGACGAUGGGAACAAGACCACCAAAGAUGUGACAGCGCUGAACGGCAGCACACUCUACCAAUUCAGAGUGAGGGCUUUCUCCAAAGUGCCGGGAGAGUGGAGCAAGGUUGUUCAGGCGAUGACACAAGGGGAUGGCCUGCAGAGUUCAACCCCGACCACCCAGGGUGUGGCUGGGAGGUCCCCUGGGGACAGUUACCAGCUGCUGGUGGCAGUGGUGGGCUCGGUGACCGUCACCUGUGUGACUAUCCUGUUGGCACUGCUGGCUCUUUUCUUCAUCCGCAAGACGCUGCUCAACCGUCGACGCACAUUCACCUACCAGUCUGGAUCAGGUGAAGAGACUAUUCUGCAGUUUAACUCAGGAACUCUGACCCUGACACGGAGGCCCAAGCCCACCCCAGAGCCCCUCACCUAUCCGAUCCUCGAGUGGGAGGACAUUAAGUUUGAAGAUGUCAUCGGAGAGGGCAACUUCGGCCAGGUGAUCAAAGCCAUGAUCAAGAAAGACGGCAACAAGAUGAGUGCAGCGAUCAAGAUGCUGAAAGAGUUUGCCUCAGAGAAUGACCACAGAGACUUUGCAGGGGAGCUGGAGGUGCUGUGUAAACUAGGCCAGCAUCCCAACAUCAUCAACCUCAUCGGAGCCUGUGAGAACAGAGGUUACCUGUACAUAGCCAUCGAAUAUGCUCCCUACGGUAACCUCCUCGACUUUCUGAGGAAGAGUCGAGUGCUGGAGACCGACCCUGCCUUUGCAAAAGAGCACGGAACUGCCUCCACCCUCACCUCACAACAGCUGCUGCAGUUUGCUGUCGACGUGUCCACUGGGAUGCAUUACCUAAGUGAUAAACAGUUCAUUCACAGGGAUUUGGCAGCAAGGAAUGUUCUUGUAGGAGACAACCUCGUGGCAAAGAUAGCAGACUUCGGCCUGUCCCGCGGUGAGGAAGUCUACGUUAAGAAGACAAUGGGGAGGCUGCCUGUGCGCUGGAUGGCCAUCGAAUCCCUGAACUACAGCGUGUAUACAACCAAGAGUGAUGUGUGGUCAUUUGGUGUUCUCCUCUGGGAAAUUGUGAGUUUAGGUGGCACGCCAUAUUGUGGGAUGACAUGUGCAGAACUUUAUGAAAAAUUGCCACAAGGAUACAGGAUGGAGAAACCCAAAAACUGUGAUAAUGAGGUCUAUGAGCUGAUGAAGCAGUGCUGGAGGGAUCGGACUUAUGAGAGACCCCCCUUCUCCCAAAUCUCUGUCCAGCUCAACAGGAUGCAGGAGGCCAGGAAGGCUUAUGUGAAUAUGGCCCUCUUUGAGAACUUCACCUACGCUGGAAUAGACGCCACAGCUGAGGAGGCCUGACUACCAGCCCCCCCAGACCCUAGCAUGCCACGUAGCCCCAGGAAGAAGUCCCGAGGACGGUCGCCACGUUACUGCCACCUCCCUGCUGCUCAACGUCGAGACAGGAGGACCCGGCACUCUUCCAAAACCACCCAGCUAUAGAUGGAGGACUGUGAAAGGACACUGUGUAGAGUGCUGUGAUAUCAGACGUGAUGUGGAGAUGUGGAGUAUCGCUGGGCUGGGAUGGAGAGAUGCAAUUGCUACUUACUUUUUGGGAAAUGCUAACCCCUUGCCAUUACAAACCAUUCCAAGAAAAAAAGACACAACAUUGUACCUCUUGCUGUAACAAAGGUUACAAUGCUGGACCCUUUUCUCUGAGUGUUGAGGGGAAGUGGCAAAUAAGGAGCUAUGUGACUUGCUGAAACACCACAGGGUCUGUGGGGUGUCGACGCUGGACUUUAUUUUCUCUCUAUUACUCUAAAUGGAGAAGGGAAUCUUUUCAUGAAGAUGAAAUUAAAAGGCACAGUGUGGAUCACAAACAUUCAGGUUCUUAGACUGUUAGAAACGGACGAAAGACAUUCAAUGUAGCACUUAAAACCAGCCUCACUCAUGCAAUCUGUCUUUUAGUGUUUGCCUAUCACUGCCAUGUGAAUGUAACUACUACUGUAUAUAGUUUGUCUCUUUUUUUUAAGAACACGUGUAUCAAAGCCUCCUAUUUGAAUGUAGUCAGAAUUACAGACUAAUAUAACUGCAACCAUAAUAGAUGCUCAGUGUGUUGCAUGCAAAGCUCCACCACAAAUAGUAGUUGUCUGGAAAAUGCUACUAAUAAAGGGCUGAUGCACAGCCUCUUUACCAGCUACCACCAUUAUAGUUUACCUUUAACACUAUGCACCCUUACGCAAUGUAUGGUAUGUAUCCACCAAAUAAGAAUGUACAGUAUGUUUUAAUUAACUGGUUCCUUGAAUAAAGCUUUUGUGUGAUGACUGGACUCAUCAACACAAAUAGAAAGUUUA